ACGGAGCUAGGGGUGGGCGGUGUGAACACCUCAUCCUGCGUUUUAUCAUUUCUCAGGGGAUUAGUGACAGUGGACGGAGAUCUUUGGCCGCUACGUCCGUGGGCUGCUGGCCUAGCGGAGCUGUGCGCGGAGGCCGUGGAAUCCGCCACACAGCUCUGCUUCCGGCCUGGGGUCAAAAAGCCGACGCGCAGCGUCUCCUUUAAUCGCCGUGAGCGGGGCGUGGCGACGCGACCCGCGUUGCUAUUGGCGGCGGUUGGGGGCGCGGAAACUGAACCGGCCGCAACGGCCGACGCAGCUUUCUCCAGCGCCUUGGGCGCCCCCGACCUGCCAUGGCUGCACCUUGCCCUGAGGACCCCUCGCUGGAGAGGCAUUUUAAGGGCCACCGAGAUGCAGUUACCUCCGUGGACUUCAGUCUCAAUACGAAGCAAUUGGCCAGUGGCUCCAUGGACUCAUGCCUCAUGGUCUGGCACAUGAAGCCCCAGUCACGCGCCUACCGCUUUGCGGGCCACAAGGAUGCUGUCACCUGUGUGAACUUCUCCCCUUCGGGACACCUGCUGGCCUCCGGCUCCCGAGACAAGACCGUCCGGAUCUGGAUACCCAAUGUCAAAGGCGAGUCUACCGUGUUUCGUGCCCACACGGCCACAGUGAGGAGUGUCCACUUCUGCAGCGACGGCCAGUCUUUCGUGACGGCCUCCGAUGACAAAACGGUGAAGGUGUGGUCAACUCAUCGCCAGAAAUUCCUGUUCUCCCUGAGCCAGCACAUCAACUGGGUCCGCUGUGCCAGGUUCUCCCCUGACGGGCGGCUCAUCGUGUCUGCCAGCGAUGACAAGACUGUCAAGCUGUGGGACAAGACGAGCCGGGAGUGUGUCCACUCUUACUGUGAGCAUGGCAGCUUUGUCACCUCCGUGGACUUCCACCCCAGCGGCACAUGCAUCGCCGCCGCCGGCAUGGACAACACGGUGAAGGUGUGGGACGUGCGGACACACCGGCUCUUACAGCACUAUCAGCUGCACAGUGCAGCGGUGAAUGCCCUCUCCUUCCACCCGUCUGGAAACUACCUGCUCACCGCCUCCAGCGACUCGACCCUGAAGAUUCUGGACCUCAUGGAGGGCCGGCUGCUCUACACACUCCAUGGGCAUCAGGGCCCCGCCACCACUGUUGCCUUUUCAAGAACAGGGGAGUAUUUUGCUUCUGGAGGUUCUGAUGAACAAGUGAUGGUCUGGAAGAGUAACUUUGAUGUUGUGGAUUAUGGAGAAGUCCUAAAAGUGCACAGGCCCCCAGCCCCACUGGCCACGUCCUCUGGGAGUCUGAAGUGGAUUUCCCCAUCCCUCCAGGCAGAGGCAGGAGUCAGGAGUCGGUGCAGAGCCAGCCCCAGGAGCCCACCAGCAUGCCCCAGACGCUGACCAGCACACUGGAGCACAUCGUGGGCCAGCUGGACGUCCUCACUCAGACGGUCUCCAUCCUGGAGCAGCGGCUGACGCUGACGGAAGACAGGCUGAAGCAGUGCUUGGAGAACCAGCAGCUAAUCAUGCAGAGAACACCACCGUGAUCAGGGGAGCCAGGAUCAAGAGCUCGCUCGAUUUGGGGGGGUGGGGUGGGGGAUGGCAGGCCGGGGA